CCGUUUUCAGGAGGUCGGUGCAGCUUUGGUCCGACAAUGUUUUGUGUCCGUGUGGAAAACAGCCUCACUUGGAUCUGUACGGUGGAUUUGACAGCUGUAUUAUAUUUUAUCUUUAAAUAUUGUGUUGUUUAAAGGGUGUUGCUCUAUAAUGACAGUAUUGAGUGACUGUUAGCUGCAGAGACAAACAUUAAAAGCCGCUAUGAGGCUAACUAGCUAGCUAACUAGCCAGCUAACGUUAGCCAGUACGUUUAUGAUCAUGUCGGGACGUUUAACGCCUCAGACCCGUCAUUUUAAAGCUUUUAUUAAAGCGUUUCGACAGACGAACAGACCUAGAAGUGUCUCCGUCAGCUGUCAGUCUGAUGAGUAUAUCCGCAGGUUCAUUUCAGAGAACACAGAGGUCGUUGGAGAGCAGAGCCUGACCCCAGAGGUCAAACUCAGACUGUUCACCCCGAAGUGCAGGUUCUGGAGAGAGAGACCAGAGCUGUGGCCCUUUGAUGACCCGUACUGGGCCAUAUACUGGCCAGGAGGACAAGCACUCUCGAGGUUUCUCCUGGAUAACCCUGCAGUGUGUCGGGGUAAGACAGUCCUGGAUCUGGGGAGCGGCUGUGGAGCCUCAGCCAUCGCUGCAAAGCUGUCUGGUGCUGCUCAUGUAGUAGCUAAUGACAUAGACACUGAGGGCGACAAAGUGCCGCGAUCAGGACUCUCUCCGUGA